AUGUCUCUCUGGUGGUUCAAACAUCAGUUCACUUCACCCCCAACAAUCUCGAGCUCGAGGUCAGAGAUAGAGUCGCAUGCAGCCGCCGCCACACCUUCCUUUGCCCUCUUCCGACAUCUGCCCACCGAACUCCGCCUGCAGAUCUGGAAGGAGCCCUCAUACACUUAUCUUCCUGGACCUUAUUUCGCGACAGAACCCGCCCACUGCUCCAAUGCUCGCACGAUGUCUCUCUGGUGGUUCAAACAUCAGUUCACUUCACCCCCAACAAUCUCGAGCUCGAGGUCAGAGAUAGAGUCGCAUGCAGCCGCCGCCACACCUUCCUUUGCCCUCUUCCGACAUCUGCCCACCGAACUCCGCCUGCAGAUCUGGAAGCACUAUUUCGACGUCCCUCGCAUCCACGUAGUCCAUCCCGGGCAGCCGCUAGGGCCCCAUUUCACUAGAUGGGCCAUGACCAACCCUCCCCCGGAUUACACUGAGAUAGUCGCGCGCACCAACCAGCCGACCACCUCGAAGCAGCAGUUCGCAGCAGUGCUGGUGAGUCGCGAGGCCCUGGAGAUAUUCACCAAGACUGUCGACCUCGCCCACAUGGCCUUCCUCGACUUUGAGACGCGGUCGUUCCAAAUCAUGUUCGAGAGGAAAUUUGGAGAUCUCGCACCGCCCUCGAGGAUCGCGACCGUGUCCCCGGAGGAGCUGGACGCGAUACCAGGCUUCCGGGAGUUCGUCCGCAACCCGGUUGGUAGUGGCACCCAGAGAAUGGUGCCCCCGGCUCACAUCAACUGGCGCGACGACCUGAUCUACCUCACGGGUCCCGAGGGCGAACAGAUGCAGAUGCUCAAGAGAAUCUGCCGCGGCCCGUGGGCGCGCAAGGUCCAGCGCAUCGCCUUGCUCAUCAACGACCGCACCUACAAGAACGGGGAUGUCUUCCACCAGAACAGCCGGUCGUUCCGCAGCCUCCGCAUCUUCCUGGAGCGGAAACGGUCCAUUCUGAGGCGCUACCUUCAGAUCACGGAGGUCAUCCUCGUCGUCCGCCUGAGCCAAGAGACCCACCCUAAGCAGAGGGGAUUUAAGCGCGAUGGAUUUGGAUUCGUGCCCUUCCAGAAGAUGAAUGGAUACGAUGGCGGGGCUUGGGAUAACAUGAAGGUCACGACUCGCUUCAGAGACGUGACGACGCUGCUACAGGAGGCUUUCCCCCCUCUGGCACAGAAAGGGAGGAUACGAUGGGUUGUGGACGUUGACUGCAUCCAGGCAGAAGGCGAUUUCUACUCACGGCAUCCGCGAUGA